GUCUGUAGAAAAUAUUUCAAAUAAGCGGAAGCAACUUAAUGAGACGAUUUUUAAUUAGACUUUGUGAAACAGUUAAAGUGUAUUUUAUUAUAUUUGUAUAAAAUCUGUGCUUGCCAAACUUUAGUUUCUUUAAAAUUUGAAUUUCUUUAUUUUGUCAGAAAAUUUUAUUUUUUAUCAGAAAAACUUUGUUUAAAAGAAUUGGAUUAAUUAGCAAAAUGAUAGGCUUAUCUAAGGCGACUCGAUCACAAAGCGAAAUGAGGGACGUAGCAACGAGAGUUUGUCGCGAAUAUUUAUCAGGAGCUUGGAAAAACAUAUCAUCUGAUGAAAUUCAAGUUAAACGUAUGAGUGGCGGUUUAUCGAAUUUUCUGUAUUAUGUGAGCUUACCAAAUAAUAAUGAAAGUAAUACAAUUGACGAUAGUACAAUUUCGACCAAACGAACUCGCAAAGAAAGCUACCACAACAUUAUGGAACCGACUAAAGUUUUAUUGCGAAUUUAUGGCCAGAGUCAUGGAGAGAAUGCUUUAGAAAAUAUGUUGACUGAAUCAGUCGUGUUUGCAUUAUUAUCAGAGAGGCAAUUGGGACCUAAAUUACAUGGCAUUUUUCCUGGCGGUCGAAUCGAACAAUAUAUUCCUGCUCGCUCUUUAACAACCUCGGAACUUUCUGAUGCUCAAAUUUCAGCAAAGAUUGCAGAAAAAAUGGGACAAAUUCAUAGCUUGCAUAUUCCAGUCUCAAAGGAAGCAGAUUGGAUUUUCAACACUAUUAAUCGAUGGCUCAAUAAUGUCGAUACGAUUAUGAAUGACAUUAAGAAUAAUAAUAACAAAGAAACGAAAAUUCAGGAACUACAGAAACGAUUAAGCGAGGUUGAUUUAAGAAAAGAAGCAAAUUGGAUAAGAAAGGUUGCCGAAACUGAGGCAUAUCCCGUUAUGUUUUGUCAUAACGACUUACAGGAAGGAAACAUUUUAUUCAGAGAAAAUAAUUUCGUACCACCUGAUUUGGUUGAAACACUCGAUGAGGAAAUACAUAAUCUAGAAGGUGAUUUAUCUCCAAUGUUAAUUUCAUGUCCAAAGAAUAAGAUUGAAAAAUCUGAAGGAGGAACAAAGCAGGAUGUAUUAAAUGGAAAUUCAAGGAAGAGAUCAUUAAAUGAUGCAGACAUAGAUAUCAAUGAAAUAAUUGGAACCAAUGAUUCACCAGAAACGAAAGAACCAGAAUUGAUGAUAAUCGAUUUUGAGUAUUGUGCGUACAAUUAUCGAGCCUUUGAUAUGGCUAAUCACUUCUUAGAAUGGACAUAUGACUACACAAAUAAUGAAUUUCCAUAUUUUUAUCAUCGACCUCACUGCUAUCCAAACGACGAACAAAUCGAUAACUUUAUAGUAUCAUACUUGAAAAGUGUCAACGGAACUAACGAAAUGCCAAGUUUGGAAGAGAAGAAGCAACUUCUCGAAGAAAUAGCUUUAUUUACAUUAGCAUCUCAUUUAUUUUGGUGUAUUUGGGCAGUCGUUAAUAUUCAUCAAGAUAUUGAGUUUGGCUAUUGGGAAUAUGCAGAUAUUCGACUUAAUGAGUACUUUAAGGCAAAAGCAAAGUAUUUGGAAGAGAAACCGGACACAAAAGAAUUUAGCGAUAUUACAUCAAGGAGGAAAUAAAAUGUUUCCAUUGUCGAACUUUAUUUAUUAUAUGAAUUUUAUCAAGAGACGAACUCACAAUUAUCUCUUUAUUGACUCUUUCCAUUAUACGUGCUUAAUUAAAUAUGGACUGAAUUUUUUACCGAAUAAAAAUAAAAAGUUUAUUUCGGGUUGUAUGUCGAGAAUUCGCGCUUAAGAGAUAAGAAACAUUGUAAACGAUUGUAUAUCAAUAUUGUACUUAAGACUUGAUGUGAGAUACUUUUAAUCUCCUCAUAUGAUAUAUGAUAUGUACCUUCUUCAAAUUAAGAGAAAAAGAGAGAAAGAUAGAAACGGCAAUAUGCAGUUAAAG